AUGGCUGCGAGCGAUGGGCCACCAACCAAGAUCUGCAAAAGAGACUGGGAGGAUUUUAUUCUGGCCAGAGGGAGUUAUGAAAACACCUUGCCAGACGAUGCAAUGCCGUUUUUGAACAGAACGACAGAGCUAUUUGUAAUCAUCGAAGAGAACAUCAAAGCAAUCCGGCAACUGAACAUCUCAACCAAUCUCACGGACUAUCGGAAGAUGAAGGUGUGCUUUGCUGCACAGAUGUUUGGCGCUGGCAAGACAAUGUUGGGCCGCAACCUUGUUCCCCAGCUAAAACUUGCAAAAUCUGAUUUGCAGGCCCACCUGAAAGCCUUCUUGGAUAAAGAGAAGGCUAAGGGGGAAGAUGGAAGAAAAUUUGCUGCUUUCUUCAGCCGAGAAGUGGAAACUCUCAAGCAAGCAGAACGGCUUUAUGUGGACUUCAGGGGGUUAUCAGAUGUGGCCGCUGUGCCGGUUGAAACGGCCCGUGUUGCGAACACGAAGGGGCCCCAGCAAACCGAUGUUGCUGGUGGAAUUGCGGAGGUGCUCAUGGAGGCGGCGAAAAUCACUCAGAAACCACUCUUUGUGCACUUUGAUGAAAUCGGGGGUUUCCAGGUCCCGGAUCUCCGGAAGCUACGUGAUGGAGUGAUUCGCACGUGGGCAAGCAUGAACCAGGAAGCUGUUAAGGGCCAGGUUAUGCCCCGCAUCUAUUUCUAUUUUUCUGGCAAAAGCGUGCCGCUGUUGGAAUUGGGCAAUCCCCAUUCUCCCGUUGGCACUAGGUGGAUCAUACUGACAUUGAUGGCAGAUUAUGCCAAUGGACUGGUGACUGGUGGUGCUCCGCGGCUGCUGCUGUACACUCUUCGUUAUUUGUACUCCUGGAAGCCAAACUUGAGCACUCCACACGCUGUUGAUGUGGCCAUGAGCGAUGCCUAUUCUUGCUUCAAGGGCAUUGACAUGGUCGCCAGAGACAUUUUCAUCACAGGAGUUGAAAACAGCCCAGAGGCCACUGCCGUCAAGAUGCCUGGCUCCAGCUCCUGGUGCUUGCGCGCAUCAGAAAAUGCGGCUGAAGUGAAGGAUGCCAGCUUCUAUAUAGACAUCAUGGACUUCAUCAAAAUCUUUGUAAUGGAGACAUAUGAACAGAAUUUCCGGACACCGCUUUUUUUUGGUGACUCUGCCGGGGCUGGGCUCAGUGCUGAUGAUGUGCUUGAGCGCUUGGUGGAGCAUCGCAUCAUUGUCCAAGCCUGCCUGGCUGACAAGACGACAUGGAAAGCGCUCCUGUCUCCGCUGCUUGACAAAUCCAAGCAUGCAGGUAAAGGCGUCCAGUUGGACAAACGUGCUCCAAUCAAGUGGAUGCCAGCAGCAACGGCAGCAUGCAAGGUAAAUGUCACCAACGAAGACACCGAGGGUCAGGUUUUGCAGAGAUCGACUAUUCCCCCGCAAAGCCUCACCAAGGUUGUGAACGACAAGUUGAGGUCGAACCGAAUUUACCGACCUCGACCAAAAUCCAAGUCAGCCGACACCAUCAUCAAGCAAGAAGACUUUGUGCUCGAGAUACAAGACAAGAGCGGGCUAGCAGCUCCGUUGGAGUGGGCUGCAGUCUGCACAGAGGCGCAAAGCUUAGAUGGAACGUGUUUGUCACCGUUGAGAUGUGCUGACUGUAGGUCUGCCCAGCAAAAGCAGCAAAACAUCCAAAGCAGCGCAGGAUUAGGAGAGCGUAGGGCGUACUAG